GCAUGCGCUGUAACUGAUUAUGCCGCCAUUUUGUGAAGCAGGGGUUUGGAGAGAUUAAACGGCGAGCUGGUUAUCGUCUGGCGCCUCCGUUCUCGUCUCUCGCAGGUUGUCUAUUCUGGAUCCUUCGAAUCUGUCCAAAAAGCAGAAAAAAUCAGAGAAAAAGCUGCUCUAGGGAGUUCGUCAAAAUGGAAGGAGAGAUGGCAGAAGCCAUUGUUGAAGAUUCUGAGUCCUUCAUGAAAAGAAAAGAAACAAAGACUUAUCAGAGGCGAAGAGAGGGUGGGGCAGAUGAAGAUGGUUUUGUCAUGGUGCAGAGUCAGACAGAUGUGAAUGAUGUGUCCAGUGAUGUUAAUAGCAAUGUUCAGAUGGUUAUGAUGGAGCAGCUUGAUUCUACUAUACUUCAGAUGAAAACUGAAGUCAUGGAAGGCGUAGUUCCUCAAGAAGGUGAUUCUUCAGUGGAUGACACACAGAUUAUAACAUUGCAAGUCGUUAAUAUGGAGGAACAGCCAAUAAAUUUAGGAGAACUCCAGCUUGUUCAGGUCCCAGUAGCUGUUCCUGUUGCAGCUACUUCUGUGGGCGAGCUUCAUGCAGCAUAUGACAAUGAGGUGGCAAAAGAAGGUCUGACUGAAGGAGAACCCAUGAUUUGCCACACCCUGCCUCUUCCAGAGGGUUUCCAAGUUGUUAAGGUUGGUGCAAAUGGUGAAGUAGAAACAUUAGAACAAGCAGAACUUCAAUCACAAGAAGAGUCAACAUGGCAGAAGGAUCCAGAUUAUGCACCACCCAUCAAAAAAACUAAGAAAAUAAAGAAAAGUAAACUGCGCUACACAGAAGAAGGGAAGGAUGUUGAUGUUUCAGUUUAUGACUUUGAAGAGGAACAGCAGGAAGGAUUGCUCUCUGAAGUUAAUGCUGAAAAGGUUGUUGGGAAUAUAAAGCCCCCUAAACCAACAAAAAUUAAAAAGAAAGGUGUCAAGAAGACUUUCCAGUGUGAACUUUGUAGUUACACAUGUCCUAGACGUUCAAAUCUUGAUCGUCAUAUGAAAAGUCAUACUGAUGAACGACCUCACAAAUGCCACCUAUGUGGUCGAGCAUUUAGAACAGUUACCUUGCUUAGGAACCAUCUCAAUACCCAUACAGGUACUAGGCCUCAUAAGUGCCCAGAUUGUGACAUGGCCUUUGUGACAAGUGGUGAAUUGGUCAGACAUCGCCGUUACAAACAUACUCAUGAGAAACCUUUUAAAUGUUCCAUGUGUGAUUACGCCAGUGUUGAGGUAAGCAAGUUGAAGAGACAUAUCCGUUCUCACACUGGAGAGAGGCCUUUUCAGUGCAGUUUGUGCAGUUAUGCUAGUAGAGACACCUACAAACUGAAACGACAUAUGAGAACUCAUUCAGGUGAAAAGCCAUAUGAAUGCUAUAUUUGCCAUGCACGCUUUACUCAAAGUGGUACAAUGAAAAUGCAUAUAUUACAGAAGCACACUGAGAAUGUUGCUAAAUUUCACUGUCCCCACUGUGAUACAGUUAUUGCAAGGAAAAGUGAUUUGGGUGUGCAUUUACGUAAGCAGCAUUCCUUCAUUGAACAAGGCAAGAAGUGCCGGUACUGUGAUACGGUCUUCCAUGAGCGUUAUGCCCUCAUACAGCACCAGAAGUCUCACAAAAAUGAAAAAAGAUUCAAAUGUGACCAGUGUGAAUAUGCUUGCAGACAGGAACGUCACAUGAUAAUGCACAAACGUACCCAUACUGGAGAGAAACCAUAUGCAUGCAGCCAUUGCGACAAAACGUUUCGUCAGAAGCAGCUUCUGGACAUGCAUUUCAAGAGAUAUCAUGAUCCUAGCUUUGUUCCUGCUGCAUUUGUGUGUUCAAAGUGUGGAAAAACCUUUACGCGAAGGAAUACAAUGUCAAGGCAUGCAGAUAAUUGCACUGGCCCUGAUGGUACAGAUGGCGAAAAUGGUGGGGAUGCUGAGGCAAUACAUAAGAAAGCAAAACGUGGACGCAAGAGAAAGAUGCGCUCCAAAAAGGAAGGCUCGACUGAUAGUGAGGAUAAUGCAGAUCCAGACUUUGAUGAUGAAGAUGACGAAGAGGAGGAAGAUGAACUUCCAGUUGAGAUAAUAGAUCAUGAAGCAGAACAGUCACUAACUUCACUAUCCCCUCCUGCUAAGAAACGCAGAGGAAGGCCACCCGGAAAGACUAAUCAGCUGAAACAAACUGCUACAGUUAUUCAAGUGGAGGAUCAAAGUACAGGAGAAAUUGAAAACAUCAUAGUACAAGUGAAGAAAGAAACUGACAUGGAAGCAGAAGUAGUAAUAGAUGCUCCACCAACUGUUCCUACAGUUGAAGCUCCAAAUGGAGAUCUCAGUACUCCAGAGAUGAUAUUUAGCCUGAUGGACCGGUGAUGAAUAAAAGAUUUUUUUGGCUUCUGAUUGAACUGGCAGGGGCUGUGUUUAAAUGGCUCAUUUCUAUUUUAUGGGAAAUGUUUUAUUUUUGUUUCUCUUUUUGUUAAUUUAGCUUUCAGUAAAUUUUAAGGACUUUUACUGAACCGGUUAGGCGGAAAGAUGGUAAUACACAUUGGCUGUCUAAGGAUGUGGUCUUCAGUAUAUAAAAAAAAAAGUGAA